UCGGUUGCAUCCGUAGAAGUCCUCCUCCAGGUUACCGUAGUGACGUCACGGGUGAACAUUUUUGAAUCGUUCCCGAAAAACUCAUGGUGUGAGAGCUGGGGAACAUUAAUAGUUCAUAUUUCUGCUGUCUGGAGUGAUAUAAGCCUGAAAACAACCAUGAACGUUCAGCCGUCAAACCCUAAUAACCCGAUCGUGUUUUUCGACGUCACCGUUGGAGGACAAGAAGUGGGCAGAAUGAAGAUCGAGCUUUUUGCCGACAUCGUUCCGAAGACUGCAGAAAAUUUCCGGCAGUUCUGUACUGGUGAAUUCAAGAAGGAUGGUGUUCCUGUCGGCUAUAAAGGCUGCACAUUUCAUCGGGUGAUAAAGGACUUCAUGAUUCAGUGUGGUGAUUUUGUCAAUGGGGAUGGCACUGGGAUCUGCAGUAUCUACAGGGGACCGUUUGCAGAUGAGAACUUCCGAAUGAAGCACUCUGGCCCUGGACUCUUGUCAAUGGCAAACAGUGGACCUGGAACAAAUGGCUGUCAGUUUUUUAUCACCUGCACAAAGUGUGACUGGUUGGAUGGGAAGCAUGUGGUAUUUGGAAAAGUGGUGGAUGGUUUGCUUGUCAUGAGAAAAAUUGAGAAUGUACCAACAGGACCCAACAACAAGCCCAAGCUGCCCAUUGUCGUUGCCCAAUGUGGAGAAAUGUGAUGUAUUACUGUAAUAAUUACACAUCAGAAAAGACAAAUGACCUUUGCUUUAAAGAAAACAGACAAGCCAUUUCGGACGACUGACUAAUUAUCAUCUCCAUUGCAAAUCGUGUCAUUUUUGUAUAGGGAGUUUUGUGAAAUUGCCUGAUUAUUUGAAAAAUUCUUGGUUGAACAGGUUUCUAAUUUUUAUAAUGUAUAAUGUAAGUCACAGCAAAAUUUCAUGUUAGAACUCGUCCUUGAUUCAGAUCUGUCUGUCUACAUUUGCAUAUAUGACCAAACUUGAAAUUCAAGACAGAAACAUGUAUUCUUUGUACGUUCUGAAGGACAAGGCUUUUAUUUUGAUCAGCCUUUAGAAAUGGCCUUAAGACUGUUGAGGGUUUUCUUAACCUCAUUAAAUAAAUGUUGACCCUUGUUUUUUUUAA